AUGUCGCGCGUGCGGACGCUAGCAGACCUGCGUCGCGAAGACGAGGCGGACGAGAAUACGCCUCUCUUCAACGCGGAGGCAGGAAGUCGCGGCUCGGACUCGACGAGCAGCGGGGGUUCGGAGCCCCGCUCCAUGCCCAUCCGAUUCCUCGAGCUCCUUUUUCCUCACUUCCACCUCAAGAGCGCCGUCCUGCUCAUCAGCAUCCUGGACUGGGUCCUCUACAUCGUCACCGUCUGCCUCGAUACCGAGUUGCCACUCAUUCCCGCGCCCAAGGUGCUGGUGGAUUUCGGGGCAAAUUACCCGCCUAUGAUCAAGCAGGGGCAGGUGUGGCGUCUCCUGCUUCCGGUGUUUCUCCACGCGAACUUCUUCCAUGUGUUCUUCAACGUCUUCUUUCAAUUGCGUAUGGGCUUCACCAUCGAGCGACGCUACGGCUUGCUCAAGUUCCUGGUGCUCUACUUCGUCGCGGCGAUCUACGGAAAUCUCCUCUCAGCCACUGCUUUCUUUUGCAACUCGCUCAAAGUCGGCGCGAGCACGGCAGGCUUCGGUUUGAUUGGAGUGCAGAUUUGCGAGAUGGCGUUGACGUGGCACCGCAUGCGUCAUCGCGACCGCAUGUUGAUGAACAUGGCGUCUUUCGUUCUUCUCAUGUUGCUCCUCAUGUUCACGCUCAACGGAGGCAGCAUCGACCAGAUGGGUCAUCUCGGCGGUUUGCUGUGCGGUUUCUCUAUCGGCGUCCUGUAUAACAGGGACCUGAACGACAAGCCGCACUGGUACCCCUGGGCAACCGGAGCAGCGAUUGCGACUUUGAUUGCUUUGCCAGCCACGUGCUUCCCGGUUCUGUACGCUGUAAACCGGCACUGCCACAUCUGA